AUAUUUAUUUAUAUAUCUUUCCCACAGACAAAACCACUUCCAAAGCUCUCUUAACCAGCCAUGGGUUCCAACCACAAGAGUCUCCAGGCAAUAUUGGGCGCACCAGGAGUGAGGGGUAAGAGGGUAACGGCUCUAUCAAAAGAUGGAUUAACUGAUUUUGUGCUUUCCAUGAUCUCCAAGAAACAAGAGCUCAAAGAGCCAUUUUAUGUGCUUGAUUUGGGUGUGGUGGUGAGUCUCAUGGAGAAGUGGUCUCGGGCUCUGCCUCUGGUUCGACCCUUUUAUGCUGUCAAGUGCAACCCGGACCCCACAUUUCUUGCUGCACUAGCGGCUCUCGGCUCAAGCUUUGACUGUGCUAGCCGCACGGAGAUUGAGACCGUUUUGGGUCUUGGAGUUUCUUCGGAUCGGAUUAUUUUUGCAAACCCAUGUAAAGCCGAGUCUCAUAUCAAGUACGCCGCAAGCGUAGGCGUUAACUUGACAACUUUUGAUUCAAGGGAUGAAAUCGAGAAAAUUCGAAAAUAUCACCCGAAAUGUGCCUUAUUGAUCCGGGUGAAACCUCCGGCACGGUGUCCAUUAGAGUCCAAGUACGGUGCACUCCCUGAGGAGGUGACGCCGCUCCUCCAGGCUGCACAAGACGCUCGGCUCACUGUCUCCGGCGUGUCUUUCCAUAUUGGUAGCGGCGCCACCCUUGCGCAGGCCUACCGGGGGGCGAUAGCUGAAGCGAGGGCGGUGUUUGAUACAGCCUCGCGGCUCGGCUUGCCUCGAAUGCAUGUGCUCAAUAUCGGUGGCGGCUUUACAUCUGGGCCGCACUUCGAUGACGCCACUUCUGCUAUCAAAUCGUCUCUCCAAGCCUACUUCCCUAACGAACAUGGGUUAACCAUCAUAGGCGAGCCAGGCAGGUACUUCGCCGAAUCGGCUUUCACUCUAGUCACCAAUAUUAUUGGGAAGCGUGUGAGGUCGGAGCUGAGGGAGUACUGGAUCAACGGCAUUUACGGCUCUCUGAACUGUAUACUAAACGACCAUGCAACUGUGACCGCGAAGCCUCUCGCUUGCACUUCCAAUAGCGUGAACCCCACGUGCCGUCGAGUUAGGACUUACUCCUCUACAGUGUUUGGACCCACGUGCGACGCACUUGAUACAGUUUUGACCGGUCACCAGUUGCCAGAACUGCAGGUCAAUGAUUGGCUGAUGUUUCCUAGAAUGGGAGCUUAUACCGCUGCUGCCGGGUCCAACUUCAAUGGGUUUAACAUGUCCGCGGUUACGACCCACCUAGUCUACUCGAAUCCAACCUGAGACGUGGUGCUUUUUGGAUGGUUGUUGACAAUCUUUUCCUUCUUGUCCCUUAUGGAGAAAUUUACGUAAGAAAAUCGAUUGUGUCUUUGCUUUGGAGUUUGGAAUAUUAAUAAUAAACAUGGAUUGUUGUAAUGGUGUGCUUUAUAAUUUAAUUAAACUAUUUUCCUUAUCCAUUUCUAGAAAA